AUGGUCCCGAGCGUGCGGCCGGAUCCGGGCCCCGCGCCGGACACCCCCGGGGGCGGAAAGAGGGGGACGGGCGGCGGCCGCGGAGCAGGCGUGGGCAGAACUUCGUCCGGGGGUGGGGCGCGAGGGCUGAGGCUGGGGGCUGCCAAUCGCGCGCGCCCGGGCCCCAGUGCAGCUGGCGCGCCCGGGGCGCAUUGGCUGGCGCGCCGCGGCGCUGGGGAGAGCGCGCCGCUUUGGGCACUAGGGGUGGCCAGAGGGGUCAGCUGGCCGCCCGUCGGAGCUCGGCAGCGUGGGCUCCGGCAGCCUUGCGGAGGACCUGGGAUCUCCACCGGGAUCUAUUGUUCGGCUGAUCGAUCACCUUCAGCAUCCGCCCUUAAACCCACCCCUUCCUCCGAACUCUCUGAGGCUGGGGAAGUGUUGGUUCAAAGGAUCGCCCACCAGGUGGAAGAAGACUUCUUCCCUGAACCUUCCCCCGGUGCUAAUGGGGAUACUAUGAGAACACUCUCCGACAUUGUGGGGAGCCCUUCAUGCAUCCUAGAGCAAUCCUGUGAAAUAAGCAUUAGCUUUUCAAGGGAAGCAUUUUCAAGAAUUUCAAGGAAAUCCAGGCCCAAUGUCACCCAGCUGGCAGAGUGGAGGAGCUUCAAAUACAGUUUUGUCUCAAACCUAGAGAGAAGAGCCAUCCCUUCAGUAAAUGAAUGUGACAUAGAACAAAGGAUUGCUGAGUGCUUGCUUUGCCCUGGUGUUGAUGACCAAAGUAAAUGAAGACAUGGUCUCUGAGCAUUAGAGCA